ACAACGAGAGCUUUACUCGAGAAAUACAAGAAUCAAAAUGGCUGCCAGCUCUGAUGUGGACGUGAGUAGUUCCCUCGAUCAAGAAGAGGAUCCUCUGACUGAAUUAACUGACCAGGAGCUUUAUAACUUGGUUCAGGAGACAAUACACGCCAAUGAAGUGCUUAGAAAUGAGACUUCCAUGUUUGAAAAGUUUCUUAAAAGAGUCGAUCCUAAAGACUUGGGGAUGCAGUCAUCAGCCCCAACUACUGUACAACCUACUAUAGAAACACCACACAGAGGACUGAAAAAGAGAUCAAGAUCGAGGGGGCCAUCGCUUGAUAGGCAUUUAAAGUUGAGUGCUGAACAAAAAUGUGAUAUUGCACAGAGAGAGCUUGAAGAACUGCGAGACGAGAUCCAGAAACUUGGAGAUGAGUCAGAAAAAAUUCUAGAUAACUAUAAAGCAAUAAUGGAAGAAGGAGAAAUCAGAACUGCAGAAAUCAAGAAGACAUCCUAUGAGUUUGAAAGAGAUAUAGUUAAAGGAGCUAUCAAUCAAAGAACCAACAAGGUGAUAGCUGAGAGGGUGACAAGAUACUUUGAGGAUAAACUUAGAUCUCGAGACACCUUGAUAGAGAAGCUAAGACUGAAAAAUUCCACUUUAAAAGUCCAAAAAAGAAAACUACACAUGCAACUAAAACAGAAAGAGGAAAUGGGAGAAGUGUUGCAUGAAGUAGAUUUUAAUCAGCUGAAGAUUGAAAACCAGCAGUACUUAGAGAAGAUUGACGAGAAGAACCAAGACCUCCUGAGACUAAAACUAAUGACUGGUAAUGUGCAACAAAUACUAAACACAUACAAGAAAAAACUUCACACCCUGACAAUGGAAUCUGACAGGUUAAAAACAGAGAUACUGCAAAGAAAUGAAUUACUCUAUAAAAUUGAUGCCGAAAAUCAUUUGGUUGAUAAGGAUAAAUCAACGUCUGAGAAGCUGAAUGCUAAGCUGAAGCAGCAGUUGACAGAUUACAAAGUGCCUGAUGUAAUGGAUUAUGUAGGAGAAAGAGCCAAGCUCUAUGAGCUGAACAAAGUGGUCAAAAUGUGGCAACGAAAAGUGGAGAUUGCAGAGAUGGCUUUACAAACCAACAAGAAGACCUGGCAUAAGCUUCUUGUCUCAGCACAAGAUGACAUGAAUCAAUGGCUUGCUCAGUAAGACAUUAUAACAUGGCCACAUGUAAAUACCAAACAAGUGUAACAUACUGUAUUUAUAAUAGAAGUAAAAAUGCAUUUUCAAAAUUAAAAAACAAACUAAACACAAAA